AUGGAAAAAACAGUAUCAACCUCAUCUGGACAUAAUCUUAAGAAAAUCAAACAAUUUUCAGUUAAAUCCAGAACUAAAAGUAGUGCAAGUUUCAAAGGCUUACUUAAAUUACAUAAAGCUUCCAGUCACGAUGGAACAACAUUGCCCCUAUAUGAUAAAAGUGAUUCUGAAAGUAUAAGUAGUAAUAAUAGCACUAAUUCAUUGAAAAAAUCAAAAUCCUCGGAUUCUAUAGCCAGAAGAAGAACUAUUAAUGGCUUAAAUAUGACAGCUUUAUCGUCGACCAACUUAAGAACAAAGAAUACCAAUCAUCAAAGUAACAAUAACAAUGCCAAUUUCCAAUAUAUUAAGCCGAUGAGUCCGUUAAAUAAUACUAAUACAGAUACUAAUUUUACAGAAUACAUCAACAACAAUCACAAUAAUAGUCUUAAAUUAGUCCCUAAAUCAAGACGCAGUAGUAAAUCAGUGGUAUCCAUUCAUGAUGGGAAUGAAUUUUAUCAACAAGAAUCAUCUACUGAUGAGGAGGUUGAACAUUUCACUGAUGAUGAAAUAUCCAGCAGCAGCAGCAGCAGCAGCAGCAGCAGCAGCAGCAACAACAGUGGUGGCGAUGUCAUGAAAAAGGAACAUGGACGAUUAAAACAGCAAAAAAGUAAUGUUGACAUUCGCAAUAGCGGUAGUUCUUCAUCCUCUUCUGUUGAAGAACGUGACAAUAACAUAAUACAUACUUCUACCUCAUUUUUAGGAGGUACAAAAAAAAGGACAAAAAAAUCAGCACAUAAAGACAAGAAUGUAAAUAAAAGUAAUACUAAUAAAUUAAACGCAAUGGUGAAUAUUACAAAACCCCUAAGUUAUAUUGCUCCUUCUAGCCUAAGACCUGUUUCUCAUCAAUCCUUUGAUCAAAUACAUAAUAAAGCUGAAAUUAGAAAUGAGGAGGGGGAAGAGGGGGACCGUCUUCACCGUAUUGACAAUAUCAACAAUUAUGAAAACAGCAACAAUUUUAUGGCUAAUAAUUAUAAUUAUGAUGAUAUCAAUAAUAAUCGCACCAACUUUGUUACUGAAGAUAAUGAUGAUGAUAUAAUUGGUUCAAACCAUGCAUACAUGCAACCUACUUUAAGUGAGGCCGGUCAUAGCCUGAAGAGACAAAUCACGCCAUAUACAAGGGGUCCAAUAAACUCAGAAAAUAUUAAGUUAAACGGAGAUAUAAUUGAUGAUAGUACUACUCAGAUUAAUAUAAACAACAAUAAUAGCAAUAACAAUAAUUACCCUGGAGAUAAUGAGGGUAAAGACCAAAUAGUCAUCAAUCAAAAUCAAUCAUCUGAUUUAAUUUUAUCUCAAACAGCCGAGACUGUAGAGAAAAUAGAUAAUACUAGCAGCAACAAUAGCAACAGCAAUUACGACAUGGGUAUAGCUCAUGAAAAUAAUGUUAAUCAUGAUACGAGGCCACCAAGCUCCACAGCAAACAGUCUAUACAACGGUGGAAAUCCAGAUAUCAAGUUUAAUUAUAUUAAUCAAGAUUUUUUGAAUAGUGCCGACUCCUUACACACAAUGAUGAGGCCUGCUAUAACAGAUACCUAUAAUAUACAACAACAACAACAACAACAACAACAACAGCAACAACAACAACAACCGACUUCUUCAUCACAGGGUAGAAGCGAUUUUUCAUCUUCAAUAUCAAGUUUAACAAGUAAUUUACAGCAGCAUCAACAACUCCAAAAAAAUCAGCAACAAUAUCAACAACAGCAACAACACGGUUUGUCAAAACAGCAUUCAGUUACAAGGUUAGGAACAUUGCUUACAUCAAGACCAUCCCAAACAUCACUAUUAAGAUUUGCUACCGCAAAUAAAGCAUCGCUGCAACAACAACAGCAACAAUUGCCAACUUCCAGAAAUAGCGCAAACAAUUUUCAAAGAAUAAUUCCUAAGUCUUCAAAAACAUCUGGUUAUAAUGGCAACAAUAACGAUGCAUUCAUGGAAUUUACUGAAGAUUCACCUAAAAAAGAUACGUUUAAUAAUUUUCAUUCAUUUCUAAAAUCAGAUUCUACAGAUUCUGACUCGAGAACUCAACAGAAAUUAUGGUUACAAAGGGAAAACUCUAUUUUGGAUCUAUCUUCUGAUUAUGAAAAACCCGAUGCUGUAUAUUUGGCAUCAUCUGUUGAGGCGAAAAGAGAGUUUGAAAGAAUUUCUAGGGAGUAUAUUAAUAUAAAAAGAUAUGAUAACCCAUUGUAUAGAUCAUUACAACAAAUAAAUGAAUUUGGCAAGAAAAAUGGUUCUUUAAUUGAUGAUAAGGGCGUGAUUGGAAACACUAGGAAUGAUACGAACGACAAAAAAAAAGGAUCACGCACUAACAAAAAUAAUACUCAUAAUAAAAAUAGCAAAGCUGGCAGUGACGAUGUUUUGGUAAGCAUAUUUGGCACACCGUCUUCUGAAAUUAAAAGUAUUUUAAGAAAUAUCUGGAUCACAGAAAGUAAAAAAUCUUUAAAUGGUGCAAAUGGUGGCGGUGGUGGUGAGUACAACACAAAUAAUAAUCGUGGGAGUAAUUUACUGAGAAAUAACGAAUCGCAAUAUUAUAUCCAUCAUCAGCGUCAUAAUUAUCCUCACAAUAAUAAUAACCAUAACAAUAAAAACCCUACCCUUAAUAGUAACGUUAAUAGCAAUUCCAAUAAUAGUAAUCCCAUUAAUAAUAACACUAUUAAUGGCAAUGUUAAUAACAAUAUCUAUGCUCCUAGCUUUCAGUCAACAAGAUUAAUGUUAAACUCCAAUUUAAACUCACAUCAUAGAAAUAUGGCUUCAUUUCAAAUUGCAAACAGAUCUGGAACUUCAAAUACUAAUACUACCAACGCAAACAGAAACAGUUUUAAUAUCAAUAGAUAA